AUGUGGAGCUUAGGGAGGGCGGUAGACCGCAGCUUACCUUCUUUUCUCUUCUCAUUUCGAUCAUACAGCACAGCGAAUCGUUUGAAAUACAGGUACAGCACAGCAAUGGCAUCUAAAUGUUAUUUGGUCUGCAAACAGAGCUCACAUGAACCAGUACCCCUGCCAGACAAAGUCCCAGUCAGUAUUGGAAGGGGUCCUGUGAUGAAGAUUAAAGACACCAAGUGCUCUCGUAACCAGCUUGAGUUAACAGCAGAUCACAGUAAAUCUGUAGUGAAAGUAAAGCAGAUAGGUCCCAACCCAUCAUCCAUAGGAGAAAAUGAAGACAUCUUAGCCAAGAAUGAAGAAGCUGUCAUACGUGAUGGGGAUAUUUUACAUGUUAUCAAAGGAAAAUAUCCACAUUUCAUCAAAUUUGAAGGAGGGGACUCUACAAAGAGUGGGUUGAAUGAACAAGAAAAUGCUAAGAUUGAAAAACAGACAAAUAAGAAAAGUAAAAGUAUUGCAGACUAUUUUUCAAAGGACAAAUCUGAUGGCUCAAAUGUUACCAGAAAAAGAAAGCUUGAUGAGGGUGGUUCUUAUGAGGGCUGUAAACGACUAAAAUCUGACGAUUCAGAAACUGUUUCCACAAAAGACAAUGAAAAUGUUACUUCUCAUAAUGACCUAAGUGAUGAGGAUGAUGAUGAAGAAAAAGAAAUCAAAAAGAAACUUCAAAUGAUGAAGGAAACGUUUCAGAAAAUGAGCUCACCAGAUCCUUCCGUCAGUGCCAGUUUAAAUUCGGGACCAGUUCCAUUGGGCUUCGGUAGCCAUGACAACCAGAAACAUGGAAAAGCAACAUCUGAGGCGAGAUGGGAAAGUAAAGAGAAGUUGAUGAUCUACACAGGCAAAGGGGUCCGACCCAGCUCUAAGAUUGCUGGGUUUGAUUUAGAUGGAACCAUCAUAACAACAAAUUCUGGCAGAGUUUUCCCCAUCAAUAUUGGUGACUGGAAGAUACUCUAUCCAGAAGUGCCUGGGAAGUUAAAGAAGUUGCUGGCUGAUGGCUUCAAAGUUGUCUUCUUUACCAACCAGUCAGGGAUAAGCAAAGGAAAGAUGACAGAACAGGAGUUUCAGAGAAAAGUGGAAAAUAUAACCAGUAAACUGAAUAUCCCAGUACAGGUGUUUGUGUCAACAGGCUCAGGGUUGUAUAGAAAACCAAGCUUGGGUGUGUGGAAUGUUUUACUUAGUGAGAAUAAUGAUGGUAUUGAAGUGGACCCCAAGCAAUCAUUUUAUGUUGGAGAUGCAGCAGGAAGACCAGAGAACAAAGAUAAAAAGAAGAAAAAAGAUUUUUCAUGUGGCGACAGACUAUUUGCCUUGAACAUUGGGAUCAGGUUUUAUACACCAGAGGAGUAUUUCUUGGGACAUAAACCAGCUCCCUUUAACAUGCCAGAAUUUGAUCCGAGAGAUUUAAAAUCUGAUGUGACACUUCUCACUCCAUCCACUGCUAACAUAACAUUUGGUAAACAAGAUAUGGUUGGGGUGCCAGCAUGUGGAAAAUCAACAUUUGUGAAGCAGUAUCUGGUGCCGGAAGACUAUAUCCAUGUAAACAGAGACACCCUGGGCACGUGGCAGAAAUGUGUGCAGGUUUGUGAGAAGUCACUGAAGGAAGGAAAGAGCGUAGCAGUGGACAACACAAACCCAGACAAGGAAACACGUAAGAGGUACGUGGACUGUGCAAAGAAGGCUGGGGUCCCUUGUAGGUGCUUUGUAUUCACUGCAUCUUUCAACCAUUGCAGGCAUAACGAAAGGUUCCGAGAACUCACUGACAGCAAGCAUCAACACAUCAAUGAUAUGGUGUUUAAUUCUUUCAAGAGCAAAUUCCAGGAGCCGAUUAAGGAAGAAGGUUUCAGUGAGAUUGUUAAAGUUAACUUUGUACCCAAGUUUAAGAAUAAACACCAAGAAAAAAAGUACAAGCAGUUUUUAUUGGAAAAAUAGAGCCUUGUCAAAUGAAGAAAUAAGGGGAACUGAUGUUGAAGAUGACGUCACAGUUUUGUCAGGAAAUUUUUAAAGUCACUGUAACUUAAUAUUAAUUCAGUAUCAGAUUUUUUAAAAGGACAAUUAACUGAUCUCUUUCAAAUGGCAUAUUUGUAAUUUCAUAUUUUGAUGCAAUAAAUAUAUUGAUACAUUGAUAAAUAAAUAUUGAUACUAUACUCUGACAAUUCAUCCACCGAAUAAAUGA